AGGUGGCCAAUAAUGAAAGCUCUUCCGGCCUUGGGCUGCUUUCUUUUAUUCUUUUGUUUUUUCUUGUAUAAAGCUAUACCCACUUCUGCAUUAUCCGACAACGAAGCGUCUUAUAUCGCUCGUCGUCAACUCUUAGCUCUACCCGAAAAUGGUGAUCUCCCCGAUGGGUUUGAAUAUACAGUAAAAACAACGGAAACUUUCAAAAAUGAAAGGCUUAGGAGGGCCUUCAUUGCUCUUCAAGCCUGGAAAAAAGCUAUGUACUCCGACCCUUUGAACAUCACCCGGAACUGGUUUGGGUCCAAUGUGUGUAGCUACAAAGGCGUGUUUUGUGCUCCGGCAUUGGAUGACCCGAAUUUGACGGUCGUGGCUGGUAUUGACCUUAACCAUGCCGACAUUGCCGGUUAUCUUCCAGUAGAGUUGGGGUUGAUGACCGACCUUGCAUUGAUCCAUUUAAAUUCCAACAGGUUUUGUGGUAUUAUCCCCAAGAGCUUUUCAAGGCUUAAUCUUAUGUACGAAUUUGAUAUAAGCAACAACCGGUUCGUUGGCCCAUUCCCUGAGGUUGUAAUGACAUGGACAACCAUUAAGUAUCUUGAUAUAAGAUACAAUAAUUUUGAAGGUUGUUUACCACCAGAGAUCUUUGAGAAGGAGCUGGAUGCAUUGUUUUUAAACAACAAUCGGUUCACUUGUUCAAUCCCCGAAACAAUUGGAACCUCUUUGGUCUCGGUCGUGACAUUUGCCAACAAUAAGUUCAAAGGCUGUAUUCCACGUAGCAUUGGGAAAAUGGGGAGAUUGAAUGAAAUCCUUUUCAUGAACAAUGACCUUGGUGGUUGUUUCCCCCCAGAAAUUGGAUUGCUUGCCAAUGUCACUAUUUUCGAUGUUAGCUUCAACUCAUUCACCGGUAGUUUGCCACAAAAUAUAUCGAGCUUGAAGAGCAUUGACAUUUUGGAUAUUUCUCACAACAAGUUGACGGGAGCUGUGCCUGAAAAUCUCUGCAAGUUGCCAAGCUUGUCUAAUUUCACCUUUUCUCACAAUUAUUUCACUGAGGAGCCUAAAGGUUGUGUAUCGCCUGAAAGGAACACCAUUGUGUUGGAUGAUUCUGGUAAUUGUGUGGCUGGUCGGUUAAAUCAGAAGUUGAAUAAUGAAUGUCAAUCGGUGGUGAGUAAUCCGGUUGAUUGUAGCAAGGACCAGUGUGCUGUAGGGCCUUUACCUUCUAAGCCUAACCCCCCGAAGGCACCGGUUCGAGCUCCUCCAAUGCCCAAGCCACAACCAAAACCAUCACCCGAUCCGAUUUAUCAAUCUCCACCGUCUCCUAUUAGACCACCGGCUCCUAUUGUUCCUUCACCUUCACCGUCAGUUCCGUCUCCAUCUCCGAUACCAGUUCAAUCUCCACCUCCAACUUCACCACCAAUUCAAUCUCCACCACUAGUGCCAGUUCGUUCCCCGCCACCACCAGUUCUGUCUCCACCCCCGGUACCAGUCCACUCCCCACCUCCGCUACCAGUUCAAUCUCCACCUCCGAUAACAGUCCACUCCCUACCUCCGGUACCAGUUCAAUCUCCACCUCCGUUACCAGUUCAAUCUCCACCUCCGGUACCAGUCCAUUCUCCACCUCCACCAGUCCAAUCUCCACCUCCACCAGUCCACUCUCCACCUCCGGUACCAGUUCAAUCUUCACCUCCGGUACCAGUCCACUCCCCACCUCCUGUUCCACUCCCCUCACCUCCUCUGAUACCAGUUCAAUCUCCACCUCCUGUACCAGCCCAUUCCCCACCACCACCUGUCCAUUCACCACCACCACCACCACCACCUGUUCCUUCUUCACCCCAGCUGAUGCACUCACCACCUUCAUUAAUCUACUCUCCGCCACCACAUGUUUAUUCUCCACCUCCACCAGUACGAUCCCCACCUUCACCUGUUGUCAAACUUGCACCACCUCCCAAAGUGGAUAUCGUCCUCCCACCAAACAUUGGAUUCCAAUACUCGUCACCACCUCCACCAAUGUUUCCAGGUUACUAAAUAGUACUAUAGCCUUAAUGUAUUUCUAUUGUAUGCUCUGCCUGCUGGGUAUAGAAGGAAAGGAGAAAAAGGGAUCGUAAAUACAUCUACGUUGUUAUCU